CUUUACUACCAUCAGUUUUGUAUAGUCUAUUAAAUCAUAUAGGCUAGUUUUUAAGAGAGCAUAUGUUCUUGAGCAGAAGAGUGUGUUAUACAAAUUCAACUUUUCAUCUUGCUGUGUUGUAACUUUUGAGCAACGACAAUGGCUCUCAUACCCCAAACAACUGUGCAUCGUGUAGUUAUGCACACCAUUGUAAUACUUUUUGGAAUUGGAGCAUGGGUUGCAAUAAAUGGAGUGUUUGUUGAAUUACCAAUCCUUGUUGAUAAGCUUCCUGAAGGCUGGAGUCUUCCAUCAUUUAUGGUUUUAUUGACCCAAGCUGCAAAUGUUGGACCAUUGGUUGUUGCUCUAAUGCAGGCAUUUGCACCAAGACAUUACCAUCAGAAUGCUCUUAUUUACAUCAUGCUUGUACUUGGAACAUUGUCAUGCUUCCUGCUUAUAUUUGUAUGGGACAUCACCACAGUUGUGGCAGGGAACGAACAUAGCAUAGCUUUUUUUGCUUUGUUUCUAGUACUGGCUUUUGUUGAUUGCACAUCGUCAGUUACUUUUAUGCCAUUCAUGACACGAUUCCAGUCCGUUUUUCUUACAACGUACUUUAUUGGUGAAGGAUUAAGUGGUUUUGUACCAAGUAUUUUUGCUCUCAUACAAGGAGCAUCUGAGGCGUACUGCAAGAAUGAAUCAUUUGUGAAUACGACUACAAAUGAGACGACCUACCAUAUUGUUACACAUUAUUAUGAUCCUCGCUUCUCAGCGGAAGUGUUUUUUGGGUUUCUUUGUGUCAUGAUGAUAUGCUGCUCUGCUGCUUUCAUUAUGCUGAAUCAUCUGAGAAUUGCAAAAUCUUUUAUGCAAGUAGAAGAUCAAGACUCACAUGAUCAUGGUGAGACUGAUGUACACAAGUCAACUUCAACUGAAUUAUCAACUUUAGAUCCAGAUAAUGGAACAGAAUUUUAUACUAGAGGGAAAGAGCAGACACUAGAUGAUAUUACAAGUCAAACAUUACCAUCAUCAAAAAGAAAAUUGUCGUACCAACAAUACGCUUAUUUUUAUUUGAUGGUUCUAUGGAUCAGUGGAAUCUCAAAUGGUGUUAUGCCUUCUGUUAUAUCAUAUUCAUCUUUGCCUUAUGGUCAAUUGCCAUAUCAUUUUGCUGCCACACUUGGGGCAAUGGCAAAUCCAGUUGCCUGUUUCAUUGCGUUAUUUCUGCCGGUAACUUCAGAGUUAAUCAUUGCUGUUUUUGUCACUAUUACAACAGGUUUUGCGUCAUAUCUCAUGUUGUUGGCAGUUGAAAGUCCAUGUCCAAUACUUGUUGAUACCGAUGGUGGUGCGAUACUUAUGGUUAUAUCUCAAAUCAUGUUUGUGUUUACAACAUCUUAUGCAAAAGUAUCAAUAGGUCAAAUAUUACGGGAAAGAGGACAUCCAAAAUCAUUGGUCUGGUAUGGUGCAUUCACGCAACUUGGGUCAUUAAUUGGUGCAUUGAUCAUGUUUCCGCUUGUCAAUAUAUAUUAUCUUUUUACACCUGGCGAUCAGUGCACCACUGUUUGCGGAUGAGAAAAUUAGGAUGUGAUUGCUUUACUGAUGACCAGCUUCAACAUUCCCUUGUACAUUCUUGGUUUCUAUGGUUGUUAAUACUGAUUCUUUUCGAGUUUUGUAUUAUAGGAGAAUUUUGUACAUUAUAGUAUUUUUGUGAUUACAGUACCAUUCCAUGGCUACUUUUUGGUUUUUAUUUUUCAAAAAGAUGUUUGUUUUCUGUUAUAAAAUCACGGCUUAUUUAUUUAACAGUCAAAUAUGAAUAAUACAUUUUGUGAGUAUAAUAGGUCUUUAAUAUUUUGUGCCUUGGUCGUUUUAUCAUGUGUAUGACAUUCGCAACUGUGCAUUUAGCAGAUAUAUGCUGGUAAUUCUUUACAAAUGUAUGCUACCAUUUACUGUUCAUAUAUGAAAUAUCUCUUCGCUGAAAAUGUCAGUCCGGUGUCUACUGUUCAUUAAGGUCAGCAAGAUCAGGGUUAGAAAAAUUUUCACUUUUAUUCUCUCCCUCAUUAUUUGACACACGAUUGACCAAGUUCAAUGUUUUUACAUUUCAAAGUACUUGCCGUACAUGUAGUAUUCUUCAACUGUGUCUCUCAUUACUAUAAUUCAGAUAUUAAAAUAUAUGUAUAACUUAAGCGGUGAAAUAUAUUAUUCAUACAGUCAUUUGUAAAAAUGUUGUUUUUGUAUAUGUCUUAUAUGUCAAGUGACUUCUGUGUUAUAAAUGUCAGUGUUUAUCCUUGAUUUUCAAACUAUCAUUGAAGUUUAUUAUGUAAAUGUUAUCUAGCAAUAUGCUUCGUAUUUGUGUAGUGAUUAAAUGUGGUCAUCUGCAUCAAGUUUAGCAAUGUUUAUGCCAUCAUGUUAUUCCUUCAUUUAAACAGAAAUGCUUUGGCAGAGAAAAUAUCUUCUAAUUAUCUAAUACAUCUUCUUCUAUAUUGUCUUUUGUUGUGAUUAUGCAGAUUACACUCUUCUCUUUUUUUAGAAAACUUUCUUUUAUGACAUGAGGUUAAAUCCUUUUUUCCAAUUACAAUAAUAUGAGAUUGACCCAACUGUGACUAAAAACUGUGAAAUGUUUGACCCGCUCUAUGAGGUCAUCGUGCACAAAAAUGCCUUGGCAAAAUUGAAAUAAAUUAAUGUGUGAUAGUUUGAUACCAAUUUAAUUGGAUAAUUAUCAUACAUUGAGGACUUCAAUUGAAGUUGAAUAUUUAUGCAGACAUUCCAAUUUAGAUCUCAGGUUUACCUUCUGCUCGGGUAUUGUUCAAUACUCACCAAUUUACUUGGCGAGUAUUAAAAUGGCGGUCAAACUAGGAAAAUUUGUUACUUCUAAACCCAGUUGCAUAUAAGUAACCAAUUUUUAAUCAUUGAUACCCUAUCAUAUUUAUGUGUCAACAUUGUCAUAAUUAUAAAUAUUGUAGAUGCCAUUCUUAUUUGCUGACUUUUUUUCUUUAUAAAUAGUUGCACUAUUUGUCAUUUCAGA